ACCUGUACAAUCCUCUUACUACGUCCAGUCCACAACAUGUCCUUUCUCACAGGGAGACCAAUACCCUUCGAGAAUGAGUUUCAGCUCGACACGUCGGCCUACAGCCUGUGGAGCGACGCUUUCUUGCUCGGAAGCAUGCCCGAGUACCCCAAUUCCAUGUUCGACCCCGAGUUAACACCCGCAUUGCAAGUACCCUACGGAAUGCCUGCAUCGGAGGACUGGGGCACCCCAGAAGAGAUACCUGGUAACGGCGAGGACAUGGUGGACGGAUACUCAGAAUAUGACUAUCACCAUAGCUCAUAUAUGUCUACCACUGGCGAGACAUCACUUUCUGGACAGGUCGACGCUGCUCCGGAGCUGGUCCCAGAUGCGGACAACGAUCUCGGUCAGAUAUAUUACCGAAAGUACAAGGGGCUUCGUUAUCCGCUUCGGAAACAACCUGAUGACGAGUCGGGUUAUCUGUGUGGGUUCGGCAACUGUCGCUCGCGAUUAUCUUGCACUAAGGACGUGGGCCGGCAUUACGCAAGUGUGCACUGCUGCAAGACAUAUAAAUGCCCAAGUUGCAAAAACCACCUGUCGCGCGCGGACGCACUCAAGAGACACGCGAAGAGAACGGAUUGCGGUCCUGCGAUCCUGGCCGACGUUAACAGAGAGCUGGCGGAGAGGCGGGCAAGGGGUGAGAGAUGCUGCGGGCCAGUCGACAGCCUGAAUCAGCUCAAACCCGAACGUCAUCUCGGGUAUUGCAC